UUGAUUUUGUCUACACGCGCGAAUAAAAUGUCAUCCAAUGAAAGUGCACGAUUUUGUUUAAUUGCACAAUCAUGGCCACCUUGUUUCCAGUUGGUUUCGCUCCACUAUAGUCCUCUUGAAGAAAUGGACAGAUAUUUGUCGGAAGAAUCUUUUAAGACAGAAUUUUAGGGACCUGUUAGUAGCAAAGAUCUGAUACAUUUUGUGCAUAUUUAUAUAACACCUGGGCACCCCCAUUGUUAUGAUUAUAUCUUCCUUGGGUGCACUUCUAAUCUUCGAUUGCUUAUGUGGGCAUCACUCAAUUUUGUUAUAGAGGUUCACUCAUCAUCUGAGUGUCUGUAGAUUCAAUCUUCAUUAGGCAAGCUUUCAGCUUUUUGCAAUAUCUGAGUUCGAUUUUAAGGAUUCGUUACUUAUCUGGCAUCUCUAAAUUCUGUUUCGGAGAUUCACUAAGUAUUUAUGUAUCUCAAAAAUCUGCUUUAGAUGUUCAUUCCUGGAAUCCCUGGAUUAUACAGGCUUAGGAGAAAUUGGGAUUUGAAUAUUAAGUAUUGACAUUAAGCUUGGGAUUUUAGUAUAAGUAGUGACAUUAGGACCGAGUUCGGGUUUUGUAGAAUUUUGUGUAUGAAAGCAUCUUUUUCUACUAGAUUUUAUCAGAGAUGGGAUACAAGGUUGAUUUGGAAAAGGGCGGGGCUAAACUUGAUCGUGGAGAUGUAAAGCAGCCCUUGUUAAAACAUGUAAAACCGUACUGCAAUUAUAAGAGUUGUAAUGGCCGUAAGAAGAGUUAUGAUGUUCAGGGCAUCCAAGGAAGUGCUGCAGUUGCUAUUUUAUGUACUGCAAUUGUGGCAUUGGGGUCUAUCCAGUUUGGGUUCUGUAUUGGAUAUUCAUCACCAACACAAAGUGAGAUUAUAAGCAGUAUUGACCUAAGUCUUUCUGAGUUUUCUGUAUUUGGGUCGCUUUCAAAUGUUGGGGCAAUGGUAGGAGCCAUAGUCAGUGGACAAAUAGCUGAUACCAUUGGACGAAAAGGGGCCUUAAUGGUGGCUGCAGUACCCAAUAUUAUUGGAUGGAUUGCCAUCACCUUGGCACAGAAUGCUUCAUUACUCUAUUUGGGAAGACUGUUGACAGGAUUUGGAGUAGGAGUUAUCUCAUUCACAGUACCAAUCUAUAUUGCUGAAAUAGCUCCCAAACACUUGCGGGGAAGUCUUGGCACAGUAACACAGCUUUCUGUUUCAAUUGGCAUACUACUAGCGUAUCUUUUUGGACUUUUCCUUCACUGGAGGUCUUUGGCAAUUGCAGGCAUAGUGCCCAGUGCCCUAUUGAUUAUUGGGCUCUUUUUCAUCCCAGAAUCUCCUAGAUGGCUGGCAAAGAUUAAAAGUCCACUAUAUGAAGAUUCCUUGCAAUCCCUUCGUGGUUCUGAUGCUGAUAUAUCUUUUGAAGCAGUUGAAAUUAAGAGUGUUGUAGAGACUAACAAUCAACAAACCAGUGUCAAAUUGUCUGAACUACGUGAACGAAGAUAUGCACUCCCUCUGACUAUUGGCAUUGGGCUGCUUUUAUUACAGCAAUUGGGAGGAGUCAAUGGCAUUAUGUUUUACAGCAGCUCUAUUUUCAAGUCUGCUGGAAUUUCAUCGGGCAAUGCUGCAUCUGUUGGGCUUGCAUGUAUUCAGGUCAUCAUGACUGCAAUUACUGCAUGGUUAAUGGACAAAACUGGAAGACGGAUACUCCUAAUUGUCUCCUCUGGAGGAAUGACUAUAUGCCUUCUCCUUGUUGGUCUUGCCUUUUAUUUGAAGAACCAAAUCUCUGGAGACCCAGCUAUGCAAACAUUCUUCAGUGCUUUGGCAUUAACUAGCCUACUAGUCUACAUUAUCUCAUUUUCCAUUGGUAUUGGACCCAUUCCAUGGAUUAUUAUAUCUGAGAUUCUCCCUGUGAAUGUCAAGGGUCUUGGUGGCAGUGUAGCAACUUUGUCAAAUUGGUUGUCAUCUUGGAUUGUGACCAUGACAAUCAAUAUGCUUUUAGAGUGGAGCUCUGCAGGAACAUUUCUACUUUAUGCUUUUAUUAGUGCUUUGACACUAGUCUUUGUUGCAUUGCGUGUACCUGAGACCAAGGGUAGAACGUUGGAGGAAAUUGAAGCUUCAUUCAGAUAAGGUCAAGAUAGUAUUAUGUACCUCUUCAUUCACGAUCAUUUGCAACCCUUGGAGUUACUUAUGAAGACAAGAUCUCUUGAAUGUAGAAGAUAAAGUUUUAAUUCAGAAGUUAAUGUUUACUACCAGUACCACCUAUGGAUUGCUGUUGUAUAAUUAAGAUUGUAUAUUACAGAAGUAGAGAAAUCUGGCAUGCACUACUUCUCAAUCAUUUUGAGAUAUGAUAAUAUUUUCCUCCUCAAGUCAUUUGUAAUAUAAGAAAUUCCCUAAUUUCAGUGUGAUGUAAGACGAGUUUUAUAUCUUCAUUGUAUCAUGCCAUCUUGCCAACCAUCUUCCUUGAGCUUCAAAUUUUGACAAAGCUCAUUGUCAAAUAAUAAGAGAUAGAACAAAUAACUUUUGAAAUUGAUUUGUUUGAAUUAAUUCAAUUUCUUUAUGGUUCCAAGUCA